AUGCCCCUUCCAUCGUCCACACCACCAUCACAGCGGCCUCUCCCUCUCCGUCCUGCUUGUUAUCUGCACAGCCUCUUUAGCGUUUUCUCACCACUGCGUCUCUCCAACCUGGCGUUGCUACAUUUUUUUUUAUUCCGAUACAUCUACUUGGUUUUAAUAAGGCAUUCCAGAGACAUACCCCUUGGUCAGGACACUCGGCCGUCUCUUCCCUUCUCUCCGCUUCGGUUUUUCGUUCCGUAUACCCCCCCUAAAUGUCUCUCUCCCUUAUAUGCUGCCGUUUCUUGUCUACGAUGCAUCUGUCACUACGGGGUUUUUGGUUUCUUCUGCUCGUCCUAUGCGCACGGUUGCAUUUUCUCCCACGUUUUCUAA